AUGUGUGGAUCUAGCUUUGUUCUAAAAACUUCGGACAGCAACACAACUGAAGCAAAACUUGACCUUAAUGCUAGGGUGGUAUCAGGUUCAAUCAUUACGGGAAUUGGUCUAUCAAACCUUAAUGAGAUCACUGCUUCGAUGGAUUUGCCAACAAUGCCAUUUCGUUUAUACAGUAAAAAACACGACGCUAUUUCUGUCAUGUGGAAGGCUGCUGCUGAAGAAACUAUGGUAAAUGCUGCUAAACAGGAAAUUGAGGCGGCAAAAUCACGAGGCGAUAUUAAUAAUGCGGGUAUAGCCAUGAUACCGGUAGAAGCGGAUGACUGUUGGGGAAACGCUCGUAUAAAAAUAAUUAUUCAGCCCUCUCUGGCGUUGCAGCCAUAA